AUGGACACCGAAGAUACCAAGCACCUGAUUGAGCAGCAGAAAUUGGCGCUGAUUGUGGACUUGGACCAAACGAUUAUCCAUGUCACUGUUGAUCCUACCGUAAAAGAGUGGGCGCACGACCCACACAACCCCAACUGGGACGCGCUCAAAGAUGUGGUCGCUUUCCAACUGGGUGCCGAUGGGACCACCGUCUCGCACCAGCCGGAGCGACUAGAUCCAGAAAAGGUGAAGUCCUUUGCGACAGGCGGCGAUGAAAAUGGCUGCUGGUACUAUGUCAAGUUGCGGCCGGGCUUGGACGAGUUUCUAACGACCCUAGCCAGCAAGUAUGAGCUGCAUGUAUAUACCAUGGGCACGCGCUCGUAUGCGGAUUGUAUCUGCCGCAUUGUCGAUCCUGACGGCCACAAGUUUGGUGCGCGGAUUCUGUCACGCGAUGAGAACGGCAGCGAUAUGCAGAAAAGCCUUGCGCGUCUGUUCCCGAUCAGCACCGACAUGGUUGUGAUCAUCGACGACCGCGCUGAUGUAUGGUCGUGGAGCCCGAAUCUCAUCAAGGUCGAGCCCUACGAAUUCUUUGUUGGCAUUGGUGAUAUCAACGCUGCGCACCUGGGGCCGGCCAAGCCGCUGGUCCCUACGCCAACAGCGCCGCCGGCGGACAAGCCUAGCGAUAUGCAGGGGCCCCAGAGCAAAGAACUCCAGGAGCAAAUUGAAGCGCGGCCGCUUAAACGCAAGCUAGAAGAGGCUCUCGAGCAUAAGAAAGACACGGGAGCGCCAUCCACGGAUCCCGCGCCUAAGGAGUCGGAGGCGCAACCUGAGGCUGAGGUCAUUGAGGAGGAACUCCUGCUCCGCAACGACGAUACCGAGCUCGAACUCAUCGAGGCUAGGUGCAUCAGCAAUGGUACGACUCCUAUCACGAUAUGA